UACCAAUUCUCAAUUUCCCUACCUUCUUUUUCUCUCAGACUCUCUCUCUAUUUUCUGCAUUUCUUCCUUCCCUUCUAUUUCUCUCUUUUUCUUCCGGUUCAAUUCCUAGGAUCAUUACAAAUGGUAUCAGAGCUCGUCUUUCCUGCGUCUCAAAUGAAUCCGAAUAACCCAGAGCCCUUAUCAAUGGAGGCUAGAGUAUGUAAGCUAGAGGCUCAGGUGGUUGAUUUGGGCGCACAAUUUCAGGCCACUGAGGAUUUGGUGGACAAAUUAAGGGUUAAGAUGUCCAAUCUCAGAGAUGAGAUGUUCAAUUUCAGAAAUGAAAUUCUGGAAGCUUUGGGACUCGGUAGCUUUGCUCCCCCACUGAUGAAUCCCGUACGAAGAGGCUCUACAGUCCAAACCCCGUCAAUGGCUCCACAGCCGUAUCAGCUUUCCCCACCGUUGGUGCAACUUGGGGUCGGCAAAAGCGACAGAUCGGCCCCUUUGGUCUCGGCAGAAGAAUCGGGGUACCUCGUCGGAGGUUCGGAAGCGGUGAAGAUCGCCGGAGAUUCCGAAUUGCUAAUGACAAACCAAGAGGUUGAGCAAGUUGAAGUGGAACUGGAUGUCUUCUAUAGCAAUCUUAGAAUGCAAGGGUGUAGUGGAAUUCCUUUUGAUCCAGGUGGAAUUCUGCAGUGCAUGUCGAGGCCAAAGAGUACUGCUGCUGACAAUUUCGGGAGGCAUUUGCAGAUGAAGUACGGGCUUAUAGAGGAAUGGAAGAAUUAUAUGGAUAAAAAGAGAGGUGUCCUGACCAAAUGAAUAUAUAACCAGAAAAGUGUUGUUGUCUAUAAAGAAGUACUGAGCUUGAACCAAAGAAGCUGCUAUAUGGGAUGAUUAUUACUAUGUCACUAACCAGCAUCCCAUUUUCUUGAUCCUUGGGGACAAGGAUCUGUUAGAGGGGAAGGUACUGUAACACCCCAAGGAAAAAGAAGCCGAGCCAACCGGAAUCAAGGGAAAGAAAGAGCCGGAAUCAAAUGAAAGAAAGAGCCGGAAUCAAAUGAAAGAAAGAGCCGAGCCAACCGAACCGGAAUCGACACAGGACGACGUCGUUUUAUUUUUAGCUGUUAGUUUGUUAAUGAUUUUGUUUAGUUUUUUCCCUUAUUUCUAGUAUAAAUAGGGAGUGUAUUGCAGUGAAUGAUAUGCUUGAUUUUUACACUGAAAUUUAAUACCAAUUCUCAAUUUCCCUACAUUCUUCUUCUCUCAGACUCUCCCUCUAUUCUCUGCAUUUCUUCCUUCCCUUCUAUUUCUCUUUUUCUGCCGGUUCAAUUCCUAGGAUCAUUACAUCCUCUUCGAUCGGCCAAGAUAACGGUGGCACUGCUCAAAGAACGAUGAUGGCGUUCGCAACGAUGCCAUCGGCGGCGGUGGGCUAUUGACGGCAGAGAGUGGUGGCAGCAUGGCAGCGUCCUGGAGACGAUAGCGAUGGCGCGCUGCGUUCUUUUUUGUCUCGAUCAACGCUCGGCUAUGGUGACGCUGUGGCGACGGCGGCGGUGGGUUAGCGAUAGUGGCCGACGCUCCGGCAGUAACGACCAUUGUCUUCUCAUUUUUUUUCUCCGUCGAUCUUGGAUCGGACGGCUAGUAGGCGACCGACCCUCCGGCAGAGGGCCGCCCGGCGCGUCAGUGGCGCUGGCUUGCGAUGAUCGGCGACGAGAUCUAGUGGUGAUUGGCUCUGACUUAUCUUCUUCGCGUAACUCUCCCUUGCGUAAUUUUUUACUGGCUGCUAGGUUAUUUUUCUUGCAGACAUUGCAUAUGUUAAUUGCUUUCUUGGGCCGGGUUUUGGCCCAUUUUCAGCCUACCAAUAUUAACAUAUGCUGAAAUAUUUUGAUGGGCCAAGAAAAAUGUUGGGCUAUUUUAUUUUUUCUUUAAAAAAUAAUUCAUUGAUUAUGGGCUGUACGAUAUAUUCUGGACUUUCUUUAAUUUUUGGACCCAAGUCAGUAUUUCCUUUUUAUUUGAACCCUUAAUAUUAGUUUUGGAUCAAA